AUGUAUUUGGGCAUAACAUCUUGGACUUUGGAGAAGGCAUUCAAAGACUGUGGUGAAAUAGAAUCCAUCCGCUACAGAUGUGUGCCUGUGAAUGACCCAUCCGUGCCUAAAAAGGUGAUUGCUAUUAAGAAAGAUUUCCACCCAGAGCGACACAACUGUGUUGGAUUUAUCUGCUUCAAGACCAACGAGGCUGCAGAGAAGGCUCUCGAAUUAAAUGGUCAUGAGCUGAAAGGUCUACAUAUUAGAGUGGACUGGGCUUCUAAAGACAAGGAGAAAGAUGUUAAAAAGUCUGUGUUUGUUGGGAAUCUACCAUUUGAUGUUGAAGAGGAGGCUGUUCGGAACCACUUUGAGGAUUGUGGGAAGAUCACCAAUGUGCGGCUGAUUAGGGACAAGAAGACGUGCAUCGGGAAGGGCUUUGGAUAUGUCACUUUUGAGGACAAAGAUGGAGUAGGGUUUGCAAUGAAGUUGUCAGGCCAGAAGUUGAAGGGGAGAGAACUGCGUGUGAUGGCUUGCUCCAGCAGUGCCGGGCACGAGAAGAAACACAAACAAGUGAAAAUAUCCUUUUGUUUUAGCAAGUUAUAUGUAUUUUGGUAUGAGAAUGUCUCACAAUCUCCUGGCUUAAAAGAAAAGAAGCAGAAGACUAAACAACAGUUGCCUAGCAACCCUUCUAAAACUGCAUUCAAAGGUGAAGAGUCAAAGAAGGAAAAGACAAAAAAGAAAGACAAGAAGUCAUACUCCAAGAAAAUAAAGGUUCCAUUCAAAACGAUCACGAAAGAUGAUGGGUUGAAAGCAGACAUUCAGGCUCUGAUAGAUUCAGAGACAAAGAAAGGGGGAGAAAGCACAAAGGAACCCAAAGUGGAUAAGAUAGACAAGACAAUGAAAAUAAAGGAAAAGAAAAUUAAGACGGUUGAUACAGGAGAAAAAAAUAAGGUGGAAAAUGGAAAAAAGGCAUUCACAAAGGCACAAAGUAGUUCCAAUGGCAAAGCAGAUUUGGAGAAGUUUGGAAAGAAAGUGAAUGCAAUUAAACCAGGUACGAGUGAUGGAAAAGCAGAUAAAUUCGAAAAGAAGCAGACAUUUGACAAAAAAGGUUUUGGUAAACAAGAGAACAGGAAGUUUGGGAACAAAAUGAAUAAGAGUUUUGGAGGUUUUGAUAAAAGGGGAGGUAAACCAUUUGAAAACAAGGGAAGUAAACCACCAUUUGAAAGCAGGGGUGGUAAACCAUUUGAAAACAAGGGAAGUAAACCACCAUUUGAAAGCAGGGGAGGUAAACCAUUUGAAAACAAGGGAAGUAAACCACCAUUUGAAAGCAGGGGAGGUAAACCAUUUGAAAACAAGGGAAGUAAACCACCAUUUGAAAGCAGGGGUGGUAAACCAUUUGAAAACAGGAGUGGCAAACAAUUUCCAAACAGGGAACAAAAAUCUUUUGAUAGACCAGGAAACUCAUCUUUUUCUCGGAGCGGAAAUAAAUCGUUUGACAGUAAUCCUGGAAGGAAGCCCUUCAAUUCAACGCCAAGGCCCGGAUUUUCAAGCAAACCCCUGAGUGGACUUGUCCAGGGAAGUGGGAAACACAUCAAGUUCGACUAAAUGGAAAGCAUUUUUUCGCAGUUGGUUUAUUUUUAAAGAAUUCAGUUUUCAUUUGUUUCCUUCAUUACUACUAUUUUGUAAAUUUUGUAAGAAUGGUCAGUAUUGUCUUCAUAAAAAACAAUUGCUCAUGCUAAAACUCAUUUGUUUUCAUUUUCAUGAUAUUGGUAUGAAUGAUAUACAAUUUCAUACAUCCCAUAUUUCUGUAGACCUUUAUGCUCCUGAGAGGAUUUUAUUCAGAUGGAUUUUAAAAUAAGCGGAAUGGAUUUUUUUUUAAAAAGACACCUUAAAAACACUGCUUUGAAUAUAUAUAGAUAAGUAUUGAAUAGCAGUCUAGUCGUUUUUAUUUCCUCUCCUCCCCCAUCCCACUGAAAAACUGUAGAAUCUUUCGAAAUUUCAGGGAUAUUAUUUUUUCGCAUGUUAGCAGUUUCAUUGUAUAUUGUUUUGGCAUUCUUCAUUGAACAUGUAUAUGAUUUGGAGAGCAAUCGCUUUACAGAUUUCAUGUAAUUGUUUAAUGAUGAAAUAUUAUAUUUUAUGAAUGAAUAAUUAAUUCAUUGUCAUUUUUGUUCGCUAAAUAUGUUACUUCCAACUAAUAAAUGGUUGAACUAUA